GGCUUUGUCCUUUUCCUGAGUGUGUGUGUGCUGGGACAAUGAUGAACUUUAGCUUGGUACAUGAUAACUACAGGCUGCGGCGCAGUAAAGUAAGCCCCGCCCUCACCAACCACACAGUGUGGCGGAGUUCAGCCAGUGAAACACUUCAUGUGUUAAACUUGUUAAAGGGGAAGUGAUGAAGCUGAAGGCGUCUCGCUGCUGCUCAGACUGAUGUUCAGUCGUCAUCCAGACACGAUGAAGACUCCGUGUGUCUCUCUGCUCCUCGGUGUGUGUGUGCUGCUGCUGUCUGCACCGACUGUUUCUGCAGUGUCUCUGUCUGUCAGUCCAAACCUUCAGCAGUUCUUCAGAGGAUCUUUAGUGGAUCUGAGUUGUGUUGAUGAUGGACAGACAGCUGAUGGAUGGACAGUGAAGAGGACCAGAGGAGGACUCACUGAGGACUGUGGAGCAGCUCCAGGCUUUGGGAGGCUUCUUGGUUCCUACUGUGUUGUGGAUCUUUCUGCUCCCAAUGAAACCUUCUGGUGUGAGGACUCCUCUGGACAGCAGAGUGACAGAGUCUCCUUCAGUGUCCAAUCAGACACUACAGAUGAAGGUGUCAUCCUGGAGAUCCCUGCACUUCCUGUGAGGACAGGAAGUGAUGUCAUUCUGCGCUGCAGACAGAGGAAUGGUGCCACAGUCGCAGCUUAUUUCUUUAUCAAAGGAAGUCCUGUUGGUCCUAAACCAGAGCACAUCAUCACUAACAUCACGCAGGCUGAUGAAGGUCUCUACUCAUGUUCUACUGAUCAGGGUGGAAAGUCUCCUCAGAUCUCUCUGAGGGUCAGAGAUCCUCCUACAAUCAGCCAUCCUCCUCCUCCUCACUGUCCUCCUCCUCCAAGCACCUCCACAAACUUUGCUCCUCCUGUAAAAUCUCCUUUUACUCGUCCUCCCUGUUCUCCUCCUCCUCUCCCAGAAUCCACCUGUCCUCCUCCCUCUCUCCUGGUCCCAGUUGUAGCAGGUCUGGUCUCUGGGGUUCUCCUGGUUCUGGUUUUGGGUGGAGUUCGGUUCCUCUGCAGUAAACUAAAAGGAGGUCGGGGAGCAGACCUGUGGAGCUGUGGAGGUGACGGCUGUCUGAGACGGAGCGUCUGCCUCUGCUUUUCAGGCCUGUUUCUGCUGACUGCUGCAGGUGUGUGUGUGCUGCUGCUGUCUGCUCUGGCUGUUCCUGCAGCUCCUCCUCCCUCUGAGCUCAGACUCUUCUGCCAUCUAGUGGUCUUCUGUCCGUACUGCAUCUCCACCGGUCUGCUGCUGUCCAUCUGCUGGAGCAGGAAGAACAAACCAGCCGUCUCCAUGGAGAUGACCCAGCGUGAUGGAGGAGGUCAGGGAUUGGACAGAGAGUAUGAUGAUGUCACCACUGAGCAUGCCUUCUGAGCUGCGGAGCCUGUUAAUGUUUAAGC